AUGAAAACGUGUGUGCUGCGAUUGAAUGGUGUUUGUCUUACAACACAACCAAUCCGGGUAAAAAUUCGAUAUAAUAGUGCUAAAAAUCAACCGACAACAUCCUCAGCAACUGUAGUGGUAAAGAAUGAUGAGAGAAAAUUCUCGGUAUGUGAUAGUUUCGUGGAAUUCAUGGUCCGGAAGCACCAGGAGGAGUUGCAGCGAUUGUCCACGCUUAUUAGAGAAGAGGCGAUUCAACGAUACAACAGUUACUUGCAGACUUUCCAAUAUCGAAGCAGUAUCGUUACGGGUUUACGUCGAAUCUUGGCACGUAAUCGCGGUCAAUAUCUUGUACCUGUAGGUUCAACUGCUUCGGGACUUGCUAGUGGUAUGUCAGAUAUCGACUUAGUUUAUCUGUCAACAAUUGAUGAAAAACAACGCGAAAAACUGUUGCAGUCACUUAAUAAGGAAAGUUUUAGGCGAACAUUUAUGACGGAAGUGAAAACUAGAAUUGAAAAGUCCUCUCUGUGCAAAGAGUUCGACUGGUCUCAAACAGACAUUAUUCACACAGCUCGGGUACCAAUUCUUCAUUUACAAACGCAGAAACAUAUGCAGGUUGAUAUUCAAUUCGAAAAAUAUGCAUCAAUCAGAAAUACCUACUUUGUUCGACAUUGUACUCAGUAUGACGAACGGGUAGCUUUGCUGAACAUGUGGGCACAAAAAUGGCUUGAAUCACAGCGAUUAAAAGAUAGCAAGCAUGGUUUAUUUUCCACCUAUCAUGUAUUGAUGCUGGUUUUGCAUUUUUUACAGUGCACUGGUUCUUAUGGUAUUCAACCGGUUCUACCAAUUAUGUGUAAAAAAUUCAGAGGGAACUUGAGGCCCAAUUUACCAAUCCAGCGUGUAGCAGUAUCUUUAUAUGGGAGACCUAAGGAUUUGAACUUCAAAGAAAGACAAGAACCAGAUGUGGCGGAAUUAAUAUUGCUGUUUAUUAGUCAUUAUGCAAAAUAUGAUUUCAAUCAUACCAGUUUUCAUCUAAGCAAUGCUACAGUUACUGAAAAAAACCAAUUCGGUAAUGAAUAUGAACAACAUCAAGUUUCGAUAUUUGAUCCAUACGCCUCAACCACAAUUUGUCGUGUCAAAGGAGGAGCAGAUUUGUUAACAAAUGCUUUCCAAACUACCAAAAGAGCUAUGCUUGCUGGUCAUUGUCUUAAUUGGCCGGUAUCUAUGAAAUAG